AUGCCAUUGCGGAUAUUGCUGAGGCAGUCCACUGUCUCGGUUUCCGUCGCAACCCCCACUGCCUCACUUGGCCAGUCUGAGGAGAAGACGGGUGCAAAACCACUAGAGAAUGAACCCGUUCUGGAGGAGUCAGGGAGCACCUCAGUCCCAGAGGACACCUUAGUCUCAGAACAGGCGGUUAUUGAUGGUGUUCUUGGGGGUACAAACACAGUAUCAGUUGAGACUGGUCCAUCUGAGAGGGUGUCACACUUACCUGACGCUGUCACCUUAGUCUCGGAACAGGCAGUCGUUGACAGUGUUCUUGAGGGUACGGACACAGUAUCUGAGAUCGUCCCACACUUGUCCAACGCUAAUCCACCACUUUCUCACCUCCCUUCUUCCUCUCUUCUUGACAAAAUUCCAACCACAAGCCUUUCCCCACCAUCCCCUCCUCCCCUUCCUCCCCUUCCUCCCUCUCCUCCCCCUCCGCCUCCUCCCCCUGCCACGAGAAAAUUUAAUGACUCUCGUCGUCUGCCGUGGGCAACAGCUGAAAUGCUCACCAUCUCCAGCGAAGGAGAAGAAUCAAUGGACCUUGUCUCUGAUGCUGAGGGUUUGUCUUCGUCAGAAGAACCAGUCGAGACCUUAGAAGAGCGUCAGAAUAAAACACCGCCUGACCACCCGUUUCUCGUGAUCGGGAUGAAUAGAGGCGAGGAGACUGAGGUGAGCAAAGUUGCGUCGUCACCACCCAGCAUCCCUGUACCGUCUUCCACCGACUUUACUAACCAAUCGGAGAGUCAGAGCUUGUUGACUCGGCAAACAUCGCCACAACCUCCGCAGCCGAGAGAACAUGUACCUUCUACCGAAAUUCCUGUGCUGCAGAUGUUUUCUUCCCAUCCCCGAACCUUGAGCAUUUCUCAACACUCGACAACAGAAUCUGUACCCGCUCGCUCGUCUCCCCCCUCUUCUUCAAAGAACAGGUCGUCUCCAGUUUCAGACGCAGAGCUCCUGGAUCUCCUAUCCUCGGCUCACCAGGAGUUCAUGUCUGCCCCAAUCCCCCAGGGUAGACCGAAGCCUUCGUCGAAAGCUCCCUCUCCUUCAGAGGUUCCCGCAAACAUUCCUGUGGCACAGCCUCCAGUCAGUUUAGCUCCUGGUAAUCAUGGUGAAGCUUUGCCGUUUGAAAGUUUCAGGGAGACUAGUACCAGUACUAGUAGCAGGGAGACGACCCCGGAAGCGUCAACUAAGAAGGCGAAGCAGAGGUCUGCAAGCGACAGUUUGUGGCAGUCGUUUUCUGACAGCAAGUCAAACCAACCUCUUCCUCUGUCCUCGCAGAGUCACUCGCCGGUGGUAGGGAGGGGAGGGGGACCGGGGAUUUUGGGGAGGGCACCGCGACCGUACCACCACAGCGUACCAGGGGUCUACCCUUACCCCAGCAGGCCGCAUGUUUACCGCUCUCGAAACCCAGACCACUUGUGGCCACACAUUUACCCCCCUUCCGCGCCACCCCAAGUGGAACCACCGGGACUCUUCCCCUUCUCCGCCCACCCCAUGACUCCGCCCCCUCACUACACUCUGCUGCACACACGCCCAGCGCACCCCACGGCCCUACUCCCCGCGCACGCAUUCCUACCCUUCGUGUCUCCUUCCCACUCGCCCCACCACCGAACGGCCAUUACAGUGACCAACGGCAUCGCUACAGAGCUUUGUCACGCUAUCGUCCACCUUUCGAUUAUUGUGACAUGA